AUGUUGCAGGUGCGCUAUGAUAUGAGAGCUCACGGUAGGAGCGGAAGACCUCUGAAUAAGAUCGAUUAUACCUCCCAGAAGUUCGUUGCGGAUUUCGUAGCUGUGGUCAAGGGAUUUGAACGAGAAAACCCGUAUCUACUCGGUUGGAGUUUAGGGGGUGAAACGAUUGCGACGGACAUCGCGCACUGCCCUGCAGGCUAUCUGUCAGGCAUCAUCUAUGUUUCUGCUCUCCCUUACAUUGGAGAAAUCAUGAUGGACAUGGCAAAAGAACACCUGAGAGACCUUCGGCCAGGACUCGUUACGGAGGACGUCAAAGAAGCAUUGACAGCGAGGAUUGACUUUGUCGAUUCCACAAUCAAUGGGUGCAACGCUUCGGGCUGGGGCGUCCGGGUACUUUGGGUUGGAGAACUCAGUCACGUGAACGCCAACGAUGUGGAGAACGCCCUGACACGCGAGCAAGAUCCUGAGCCGCUUUUCGCUGCGGGGAGGGAGGGAUUGAAAUUGCUUCAUAUAUAUGGAGACGCGGAUCAACAACUCGACAACGUGGUUGCCGAGACACAAGUGACCCAACGUUUUGUUAACAAGAAAGUUGUUGUCAUCAAGGGUGGAGGCCAUGCGGUAUUUUACGAAUUUCAAGACCAGGUCGUCGAGGAGAUUGUAGCAUUUGUUACUAGGUAG